CUUUGGAACUAUUGAUCACGCUCACCACUUGCACAGUCUACUAGCAGAGGUUAUGCAGCUCCUGAACACCAUCAUGGCAGAGUCGUGGGGCCUCAUCACCAUGUGCCUAUUUGGAUAUCUACUCAGUGCUGAAUGUACAGUUUUUCUUAAUCAAGAAAAUGCCACCAAAAUUCUGAAUCGGCCAAAGAGGUAUAAUUCAGGAAAAUUGGAAGAAGUUAUUCGAGGAAACCUUGAGAGAGAAUGUUUGGAAGAACGGUGUAAUUUUGAAGAAGCACGAGAAGUUUUUGAAAACACUGAAAAAACUACUGAAUUUUGGAAGCAGUAUGUUGAUGGAGAUCAGUGCGAGUCCAAUCCAUGUUUAAAUGGUGGCAGUUGCAAGGAUGACAUUAAUGCUUAUGAAUGUUGGUGUCCACUUGGAUUUGAAGGGCAGAAUUGUGAAUUAGGUGCAACCUGCAGCAUUAAGAAUGGCAGAUGCAAGCAGUUUUGUGAGAGGGACGCUAAUAACAAGGUGGUUUGUUCCUGUACUGAGGGAUACCAACUUGCAAAAGACCAAAAGUCUUGUGAACCAGCAGUACCAUUCCCAUGCGGAAGAAUUUCUAUCCCAUACAAGUCUAAGAAACUCACCCGUGCUGAGUCUAUUUUUUCUGAUAUGGACUAUGAAAAUUAUACUGAGGCUGAAAUCAUUUGGGAUAACAUCACUGAAAGCACUGAGCUAACUGAUGACUUCGCUCGGGUUGUUGGUGGAGAAAAUGCCAAGCCAGGUCAAUUCCCUUGGCAGGUCCUUUUGAAUGGUGACAUUGAAGCAUUCUGUGGAGGUUCCAUAGUUAAUGAAAAAUGGGUCAUAACUGCUGCCCACUGUAUUCACCCUGGUAUUAAAAUUGAGGUUGUUGCAGGUGAAUAUAACAUUGAAAAGAAGGAAGAUACAGAGCAAAGGCGAAAUGUGAUUCAAAUCAUUCCUCAUCAUAGUUACAAUGCAAGCAUUAAUAAGUACAGCCACGACAUUGCCCUUCUUGAGCUGGAUAAACCAUUAGCACUGAACAGCUAUGUAACACCUAUUUGCAUUGCCAACAGGGAAUACACAAACACCUUCCUCAGAUAUGGAUCUAGCUAUGUGAGUGGCUGGGGAAGAAUAUUCAACAAAGGGAGACCAGCUUCAAUUCUUCAGUACCUUAGAGUUCCAUUUGUUGACCGAGCCACGUGCCUUCGGUCCACGAAAUUCACCAUCUAUAAUAACAUGUUCUGUGCUGGCUACCGUGAUGGAGGUAAAGAUUCAUGUCAAGGAGACAGUGGGGGUCCCCAUGUUACCGAAGUGGAAGGGACUAGUUUUCUAACUGGAAUUAUUAGUUGGGGUGAGGAAUGUGCAAUGAAAGGCAAAUAUGGAGUAUAUACCAAGGUAUCUCGGUAUGUCAACUGGAUUAAGGAAAAAACAAAGCUCAUUUAAAUGAGAAAUGCAUUUCCACUGUUGAUUCAUCAGGACGGAAAAUUAAUUAGGGCCUUUACUAAUUAAUCACUUGCCCAUCUCUUGUUAGGUUAGAAUGUACACAUUCUAUAAAUGUUGCUUUUUUCUCUUUACAAAGGAGAAUUACAUCUAGAAUUUAUAUUUUACUAGAGUAAGUUGAUUAGGAAAUAUAAUGUAGUAAAAAAAAUCAUGACCAUUUCUGUGAGCCUAGCCCUUGCCAAAAUUGUGAAGUUAAUUUCUCCACCCUGCCGGUCAGCUAGUAUGGCUCUCCACCACAGUAACUCACCCGAUUUUCCCUCCUUAGCAGCAUUCCAUGUUCCGAAUCUUUCUUGUCUCUCCCACCAAAGCAUCAGCAUCCAUUAGGCCUGUGUCCAGGAUCUCUGCUCGAGAGUGACACAAGGCCAGCACUAUACUACACUACAUCAUAAGGAAGAACACAGGAGCACUGAUGGGCUAAAGCUCAGCAGCAGCGCUACUCCUUUUCCUCUACUCUUUUUCCCGAUCCUUUGUCUUUUCCAACUACCAAUCCCCAAGUCUGUUUUCCCCUUUCUCCCUCCCUCCCUCCCUUUCUUUCUCCAUAGUCAUUAAAGGAAGGAAGGAGUGCAUUCUCCUGUUUCACUGCUGUACACGGGUAUACAUGUCCUUCAAACCCAGGCUGGAUUUCACUUCAGUCUCAGGCUUACUUUUUAGAACACAGAGGAUGAACCAAGGUGCCUGAACAACAUGGGGAGGGGCAAGUUCCUUUCAGAGUUAUUAUAUUUAUCUAUGAAAUACAUAUGUAUAUAUAUUUCGAUGAAAUACAUAUAUUUCAAUUAGUCAUCCAGAAUAGCUCCCAGAGAGCUUGUAACUCCAUUAUAUGGAGGCCUGACUAGGGCUGAUUCCAUGAAGGCAAAACUGGUGAGGUUAACAUCGACUAGUGUACAUUGCCCUCUGUCUGAACAAACAAUGUUAGCAGAAAGAACAGUUUGCAACCUGGAACUGGUGAAGUCUUCAAGGAAAAAUGGAACAGUGUGUCUCUAGCAUGAUGCAGGGCCAAGCAAGAAACUACCGAGACCAGAGACCAGAAGCAUGUCAUCACUUUGACUGGUAUGCCCCUACCUUGGAGAACAGAGCAAUCAGUCAACAACCACCCCCGUGCUGAUUUCAUACUCACCAAGGAACUUCUUGAUUAUGAUUAAUCUUAUAUAGGAUUGUCUAGAAGGCUGCUGACCAACCAAUGUGUCUUUCCAUUUGUGCAUUUAAAAACUGGUAUUCUAGCUUAUACCUGGGCUUUUUGUGAAAUUACUUGAUGUCAAUCGGUGACCCUGUAUUUGAUGAUGCCUGGGACUACUGACAAAACCAUGUUUCAAAUCACUUUACCCCCACCACACCUCCAGCUAGCCCUUACUCAUGAUUAAAGUUCUUCUAGUUAAUACCUCUUUGCUUUAGUCUUCCAAACCUAAGUAUCACUAAACACAGUUCAAAAUUUCUCCAAGUGUCUCUUGUUUUAUAAUUCACAAAGUGUUCUAUAUACUACAUUCAGCAAAACACUCAGAAGAAUGUGUCCAAGUGCAGUAAGACUCAAGAGAUUUGGAGAUCUUUUAUUACUUAGCUUUCACAUGAGGCAGAUAUACUGUGUCUCAAGAGGACAGUGGUCUGGAUCCCCCUGGGACAGAACUGAGUCUAACUAGCUGUGAGCAUGGCCUUGAGUAAGCCACUCACUGUCUCUUGCGGGCUUUGAUCUCUCCCCUUAUGGAAUGAAAGACUUUGACAGGCUGUUCUCCAAAGGCCUUUGUGACCUUCAGACCCUGUGAGUUCAUUUAUUUCAUUACUUUAUUCAACAAAUAUUCAAGGAGUGGCUACUGUGUGCCAAACACCAAUAAUGUUGAUUGAAUUUGAGCUAACUUGUAUUUACAGUAUUUAGGAAGUUGAAAAAAAUAAUGUAUGCAAAUUGCUUUGCCAGUGCCUACUACAUUACUGUGCAGUAGUUGCUCUAUAGAGUUAGGUGAAUUUGAAUCCAUGUUUAUAACAAUAUCCCCAGAUGUUUGUGUUGUUUUGUUCUGUUUUAGAGAUAAGGUCUUACUAAACCACCAACUUGCUCAGGCCAGACUCAAACUUGUGAUCCUCCUGCCUUAGUCACCCAGAGUGUUUCUAUUACAGCCAUGCACCACCACACCCAGCAACUACUCUUGUACUGAGUAUCAUGAAUGGCACCCAUACUUAAAUAAAGAAUAAUGCCUGAGAUUUAGGCUUCAAGAAAAAAA